AUGGACGAUAUAAUUACUCAAGUUUCUCCAGAUAACGCUGAGUCUGCUCCCAUUUUACAGGAACAGCAGCAGCAACAAAACUCGCAGUAUGAGGGUAACGAAGAGGAUUACGGUGAUUCACUUAUUCAUUUGAAUAUCCAGGAAAACCACUAUUUUAUCACCAGGGACCAGUUGAUGUCUCUUCCUGAAUCCUUAUUGUUAUGUUUGUUCCCCUCAGGCGUUUUUCUGGACCGUUGUGGUCAAGUCAUUACCAAUUUGACCAGAGAAGACGAAGUGUACAUUGUUAAUUUUCCUCCUGAUUGUUUUGAGUAUAUCAUGGAGAUAUAUACAAAAGCGCAUGAUGAUUUGUAUAAUCAUCCUGUGGAGAAAUAUUUUGACAGGCCAUCAAGUGGUUUUGUUUCCAAUGCAAAGGGAUUUUUUGGACUGAACAGUAACAAUUCGACUUCAGGCAACAAUGAACAAGACAUCCUACAUCAAAAACCCGCUAUUAUUGUUUUAAGAGAAGAUUUGGAUUACUAUUGCGUGCCUCAGGAAGAAUUUCAGUUUGAUUCUACCAAUGAAGAAAAUAAUGAAGACUUAUUGCGACAUUUUAUGGCUCAAGUAAAAAUGGCUGCUGGCAGUUAUUUAACUUCAAAGACAUCGAUUUUCCAAGGUUUGUAUUCUUCGAAUAGACUAAAGCAACAACAGCAGGUUGAGAAAGACGAUAAUUCUUCUUCAAAGGUAAAAUCUGCUUCGAAAAAGCUGGGACCCGCUGAACAACACUUGAUGGAUAUGCUAUGUUCCUCCGGGUUCACGAAGGAAACUUUUUGGGGUAACAGGACUCAAGAAACUGGAAAAACAGUCAUAAGUUCAUUAUCCCUUUGCCGGUUGGCUAACGAGACCACCGAAGAGUUCAGGCAGAAAUUUUACGAGGCAAAGGCCAAGUGGGAGACAGAACACAGAUCUCAAGACAACUUCAUCACUCCAAUACAAUCAAAUAUAUCGGUCAACUCUCUAUCUGCAAGCAAAUCUAACAGUACCCUUUCUACGACGAGGAAUUUUGCGGGUGGAAGUGCGACACCCUCUGCCACUCGUGACAAGAGAAAAUCAAGGCUGUCGAAACUAGCUGAUAACGUGCGUUCUCAUUCCUCCUCCAGGCACAGUUCACAAACCAGAAAUAAACAGCCAGAGUUGCCCAAAUUGUAUGACCUAGUACCAAAGCCUAAUAUCAACGCCAAGCUGCUACUCUUCUGGAGAAAACCCGCCCGUAAGUGUUGGUGGGGUGAAGAAGACAUCGACUUAGAAGUGGAGGUGUUUGGCUCUUGGAAAGAUAAAUCAGAGAAAAUUAUUGAACUGGUCUUGCCAACAAAUGUGGACCCCGAAGCAGAACUACAUAAAAUCACUGUACCAGUCCGAUUACAUAUCCGCAGAGUUUGGACUUUAGAGUUGAGCGUUAUUGGCGUACAGUGA